AUGUCCGGAAACCCUGAAAGAAGCAAUGGGAAGGCAACACUUGAUCUUGUCGACAUAACCCUCGAACACAUCGAUGCCACGGCCAGGCAGGAUACUCUCCGAAAACUUUUCCGAAGCCAUGUACUCCAAAUCUGCGGUCCCGAAAAAGUGAAAGCCUUCAAUGAGUCGAAUGACAAGUUCAAGCGCCAUAUGGUGGCAUACCUGGCUCAGAAGACGGUCAUAGGACUAUUUGAUAGUAUCGCUCAGGAACUGGCCAACGAAUUAAAGAAGAUAUGA